AUGCUAAAUCGACCAAAUGGAAAUCUUGCCUGGAAUCCAGAAGUUCCCAGAAAUGCUCAACCUCAUGAUGAGGAUGCUCCUGAAGUAGAAAAUGAAAACUAUUUCAGUCCAAAGCGCUUUUAUUGUGUGGAAACAAUUGUUGCACCUUGUGGCAUUGUCAUUGCAUGGGUCAAGUUUGCAAAAGCUGAGUCACCAACAAACAUACUGAAGUUUAUGAAAGAUACAUUUCCAGAUGAAAGUACAAGACCAGAUUAUAUAUGCAUUGAUAAGGCAUGUCUGGUUCUUAGAACAAGCAUUCAAAAUGGAAGCUGGGAUGAAUGGUGCAAGACUAGCCGACUUAUAGUUGAUGUAUAUCAUUACAUCAAUCAUCGCACUACAGAUAUGAUCUGCCGAAAAUAUUGCAACCCUGCUCCUCUUGAUGGAUCAGCACCUAAUUUGGUUAUUGAAGCAGAGACAAAAGAUGGGGAAAAAUAUUUGAAACGAGCAUUCAAUACUCAAGCAUGUGAACAAUUGAAUGGGUGGAUUGGAGGAUUUGAUUCUAUUUUGAAAAGGAUGACUGUUGACAAUUUCAACUGGUUUUUGCAUGCAAUGUUGUUUUAUCAUACCCGACAUGUUCUUCAGAAGAUAAAAAAGAGGGAAGAAAAUAUGAAACAAGGGGAUAAUGGUGAUGGUGGUGAUAGUAAUGAUGAUGAUAAUGAUAGUGAUGAUAAUGUAUGA